UUUCUUAUUACUUUACAUAGGUUGUUCAUGAGGAAUUUGGUAUUCUUGAAGGUUUAAUGACAAAUGUUCAUGCAACUACAGCAACACAGAAGACUGUUGAUGGCCCAUCAAUAAAGGAUUGGAGAGGAGGCCGCAGAGCUGGAAAAAAUAUCAUUCCUAGUUCUACCGGUGCUGCAAAGGCUGUUGGAAAGGUUCUCCCAGAACUGAAUGGAAAACUUACUGGAAUGGCCUUCCGUGUUCCAACUCCUAAUGUCUUGGUGGUGGACCUAACUUGUCGACUUGAGAAGAGUGCUUCCUAUGAAGAUGUCAAGGCAUCCAUAAAGUAUGCAUCAGAGGGACCACUUAAAGGCAUUCUUGGGUACACAGAUGAAGACGUUGUCUCCAAUGAUUUUGUUGGUGACACAAGGUAUAAUUUCUUUGAUGUGUAUUUUUAGUACAUUUUAAUUACACUGAUGGAACUAUUGGCAAUGUCAUGCGUAAGAAGUUUGUUUUCAUCUUGCU